CACACACACUCACACUUUGGUGGCUAUUCUUAUUACUCUCCAUAGACAUAAAGAUUUUUAUACUGUAUGAACUACAGAUUCUAUUCUCACAAAACACUUUCUGCAUUUUACAUGUUUAUGUAUGUUUUUAAGCAAUUUGAUUUAUGGGGACACUAGAAAUGUCCUCAUAAAACACACACACUCACACACACAAUCACACACACUCACACACACACUCUCUCUCACACACACACACACACACACACACACACACACACACACACACACACACACACACACACACACACACACCCCAAGCAACCGAACAAGCUGGGGCCCCAUUUUGAAACGCUUUGCUUAAAAAAAAUUACAUACGUUUUAUUUUAAAUCAUAAUUUUAAAUUCAUCCUAUCAGCCGUUGUAGCUAAGUACAUUAAAAAUUUUAAUUAAAUAAUCAUCUAAAGAUAAUUAAUGCAUGUUUUCCAGUUUUUCUAAAAUACAGUGAUAAAAAAAGCAAUAUUUACCUACAUACAUUUAUACAAAACAGUUUUUUAAACAGGGUGUGCAAAGCCUACUACGUCACCCAGUAACAUUUUGGAAUUCAGUUGUUAUGUAUUACAGUAAUUUGCUAACCCAAAAAUGAUUUAUUGUUGUCCAGUUUGCCAUUAUAACAUGAUACAGUAUUUUAUUACUUUGAGGAUUUGUUGUACACAAUAGUAAUAUAGUUCUGUCUUAUUUACUUUCACCUGGAAUUUAUAUUCUGACACUGAGGCUGUAUUUUAUGUAGGCUAAGCAUUGUAGGCAACAUUCAUAACUAACAGUAAACAUACAAGGCACAGCGGCCCCUCAGCACACUAGAGCAGAAGGGGGAAAAAAACUUUGCAGUUUAUCAAGCACUGAAACUUUGCCUGUUGCAGAACAAUCUGGAAUAAUGUUAAACAUUGUAGCAGUCCCCUCUUUUCAACCUGAACUUGUUCAGAAUGUUAAAUCUUUGUGGCACCGACACUAAAAAAACUAUCUAGACACAGUUCAACGACUGAUACAGAAUGCAGGUGUUUCGGAACGCUUUUUUGAAAUCUGAAGCUCUUAUUAACUUGACACAGUGUCUAAAAAUGUGCCAGUCCGCCGUGAGACACUGAAAACAGCAAGACUCGGUGAAGCAGGUAUGGACGUUCAUGCGUGUUUACACAGAAAAACAACGGUAAAACAGAGCAGACGCAGGCAACAACACUUUCGGUGUGAACAGCCCCUAACUCAUCCGUUCAUCAUCUGUGAGUAAGAGCGCGUGCGCGAAACAAGUUCGGACAGUGGUUAAAAACCGCUACUUUGCGCGCGCGCGCACACACACACACACACACGCGCGCGCACGCACACACACAGACCGUGACUGACGCGUGCUGACGUCAGAGCCCGCAGCACCAAACAGUUGAGUUUUGGGUUCUGUAGUUGCCCCAUCCGAAACACUAAGGGCGUUUUAAGGCAGCCUGAUUUAAUGCAUUUUACACGUAAAAAACAAAAACAAAUAACAUCCGUGAUUAAGACCAAAUAAAGACAUACAAAUAAAAAAUAAAACACUAGCCGUGUGUCUUGAGGAGAUCCAGGAGUGCAAACACACCGCUUUGUUUUUUUUUUUUUGUCCGAAACGGACCAAGAUGUUUCCAACAUCGAAUGGCCUCUAAUGAAAAUCCUCAUAAAACACCCCUCUGUCUUCACACACUGCUUUCAUUUUCAUUCCCAAACGUCCUUUCCGACUCCAUAAAAUAAGAGGACGUACAGUCCAACCCUGAGAAAUGACGCCCACAAUCCCCUCGUGAGCAGUGGGAAAAACACGCGGAUCCAAACACUACAGCAGUCCGGAGCGGAGCAGCUGCGCCAGAGUGCGGCGCGGCCGGGGAGGAGAUAAGCGAACGCCGCCGCUGUCAGUGUCGAGCUCUCUGCGCUUCUUUAGCUUCCCUUUUCAACAUUAUACUGCUGGAGAGGACGGGGCGCGUCUUAAUUCUGGACAUACAGUGUAUAUGACAGUGUGCACACGGGCGCUUUAUUUAGCGUCUCCACAGAUUUAACGCGUUUUAUGUCAUCUGACGUUUCAUGGUCGGACUGUUUCAUUUAUAGCUGCGGGACUACGUUAAACUAGAGGCAUAUCACAUCAAGAGUUAUCAUUACACUCGCAGUCGCUUUCGGUCAGACAUGGAAGAUGGUCCGCCUUCAACAAGCUGUUUCCGAAGGUUUACGGACUGUUUCCUUGGCUCAAGUCUGACAGAUGAGAAAGUGAAGGCUUAUCUGUCCCUCCACCCACAGAUGCUGGAUGAGUUUGUGCUGGAGAGCGUGAGCGCAGAGACCGUACACAGAUGGCUCAAAUGCAAGAACAGCACUCAGCCUGCAGAUGAUUCCUCAGCUAACGAAGUCAGCAGGUACCAGGAUACGAAUAUGCAGAGUGUGGUAUAUGAGCUGAACAGCUAUAUGGAGCAGCGGCUGGACACUGGAGGAGACAACAAACUGCUGCUCUAUGAGUUGUGCAACAUCAUCAAAACAGCCACAAAAGCUGAUGGAUUUGCACUUUACUUCCUUGGAGAAUGCAACAAUAGUUUAUGUUUGUUCACUCCAACGGGGGCAAAAGAAGGGCUUCCUGGGCUCAUCCCCUCUGGUCCCAUCAUGUUUGGGACCACCAUCACUGCUCAUGUUGCAAAGACACGCAAGACACUACUUGUAGAGGACAUCAUGGGGGAUGAGCGGUUUCCUCAAGGCACAGGACAGGUCUCAGGGAUCCGUGUUCACUCUGUUUUGUGUCUACCCAUCCUCACCGCCAUCGGAGACCUCAUCGCCAUCCUGGAGCUUCAACGGCAUUGUGGCAGAGAGCCCUUCAACCUCAGCCAUCAGGAGGUUGCAACAGCAAAUCUGGCCUGGGCAUCUGUAGCAAUACACCAGGUUCAGGUCUGCAGAGGUCUUGCCAAACAGACAGAACUCAAUGACUUUCUCCUUGAUGUGUCAAAAACGUACUUUGACAACAUAGUGGCAAUAGAUUCUCUACUUGAACAUAUUAUGAUAUAUGCAAAAAACCUGGUUAAUGCAGACAGAUGUGCGCUCUUCCAGGUAGAUCACAAUAACAAAGAGCUGUACUCUGAUCUGUUUGAUAUUGGAGAGGAGAACGAAGGGAAGCCUGUCUUUAGGAAAACAAAAGAAAUUAGGUUUUCUAUAGAGAAAGGAAUAGCCGGUCAGGUGGCACGGACGGGAGAAGUUUUGAAUAUUCCAGAUGCCUAUGCAGACCCUCGAUUCAACAGAGAAGUAGAUCUCUACACUGGCUACACAACGCGCAACAUCCUGUGCAUGCCCAUUGCCAGCCGGGGGACUGUGAUUGGUGUUGUACAAAUGGUGAACAAGCUGGGAGGAAGUGCCUUUACUAAAACUGAUGAGAACAACUUUAAGAUGUUUGCUGUCUUCUGUGCUUUGGCCUUACACUGUGCAAAUAUGUAUCACCGGAUAAGACAUUCAGAGUGCAUCUACCGGGUGACAAUGGAGAAGCUUUCAUACCACAGUAUCUGCACGACUGAGGAGUUGAAGACCCUCACACAGCUCUCACUUCCUUCAGCCAUAUAUAAAGAGAUUGAAAUGUUUCACUUUGACAUUGCCCCUUUUGAAGAACUUUGGCCUGCGAUAUUUGUGUACAUGGUUCACAAUUCUUGUGGGAAAAACAGCUUUGAGCUGGAGAAACUGUGUUGCUUCACUAUGUCAGUGCGGAAAAAUUACAGACGAGUUCCAUACCACAACUGGAAACACGCCGUGACGGUAGCACAUUGUAUGUACGCCAUUCUGCAGAAGACCUCUGGAAUAUUCACAGAGCUUGAGAGGAAAGGUUUGUUGAUUGCCUGCUUAUGUCAUGAUCUGGACCACCGUGGCUACAGUAACAGUUACCUGCAGAAGUUUGAUCAUCCGCUGGCCGCCCUGUAUUCCACAUCAACCAUGGAACAGCAUCAUUUUUCCCAGACGGUGUCCAUCCUGCAGCUGGAAGGGCACAAUAUUUUCUCCAACCUGACUUCCAGUGAGUAUGAACAGGUGCUGGAAAUCAUCAGGAAGGCCAUCAUUGCCACAGAUCUCGCUCUGUACUUUGGUAACCGCAAGCAACUGGCUGAACUGCUGGCCGCAGGGGCACUAGACCUGAACAACCGUGCUCACAGGGACCGUGUAAUUGGUCUGAUGAUGACUGCCUGUGACCUCUGCUCUGUGACCAAACUAUGGCCCGUCACACGCCUCACAGCCAAUGACAUCUAUUCUGAGUUUUGGGCUGAGGGGGAUGAAAUGAAGAAGAUUGGAAUGCAGCCCAUCCCUAUGAUGGAUCGGGAUAAGAAGGAUGAAGUUCCCCAGGGUCAGGUGGGAUUUUACAAUGCUGUGGCUCUUCCCUGUUAUAUGACCCUGGCAGAGCUGUUCCCUCCCUCCAGUACUCUACUUACUGCCUGCAGAGACAACCUGAGUCAAUGGGAACGAAUUGUGCAAGGAGAGGAGGUCUUGAUGUGGGAAUCCACCGAGGAGGCUGAACCGAGCAAGACAUCAGAGUGGACCAGUCAAAGUGGAUUAGCACCGAAUCCACAGCGGCACCCGCACCCUGCCAGAGAAACCGGACUUCCUGUGGACAGUCCCACAUCCUGCAGAGACAUGGGGAAGCAAAGACGGCAGGCAGGAAAGGAUAUAUUCAGAAAAUAAACUAAACAUAAUGUUACCUCAUUGGGUGAUAGAGGCAUACACUGAUUACAUCAGAGCUCCCUCAGCGUUGGCUGGGACUCAAGUCAGCUCUGUGAGGGAACCUUUCGGCAAAAUGGACGUCAUUAUUGUCAGUACUUUUCCUCAGGAGGUUGUUUUUGAAUAUUUAGGCGAUUACUUUUCAUUUUGAUCAGUUUAUUUUGUGGUCUUACAAUUGAAGAGGCCUUAUAAUAUGAACCUGAGUUAUGAUUUAAUGGCUCGUUACCAGAAGACAGAUUCGACUAGUUUAAAAUGGUACUUUCUCUCCUGCUGUGGUCAAAAAGAUGUAUGCAAAGCUACUUGAGUGGUUUUAUUUUUUAAGAGAGAGACAAGGAAUGUUUAGUCAAACUUAAAGUGCAUGUGGCACGGUACACCCAAUGCUCUGGGGGUCCUAUGGAUGUUUUCUUUUAUACUUCGAGCAAAAAUGUUUUGCAGUACUUGAAUGAAGAAAUACAGCCUAUUCUGUGUGGAGCUGAAAACAAAAAUCCCCCACAACACAUCUUUCCAAAGCAUAAAGCUCCAGUGAUGCCGUAAGUUAGAUAGUUCUGAACUGGACUCAAGUCACACACAAGUUGCAACACUCUCACAGAAAUCUGCAGAUUCUCCCAUCCUGAUAUGAAGACAGGUUAUCAUAUAAAACAUAUAAAGAAAUACAUUUCCCUUGAUCUUUGGAGAUAGAAGAGCUUUGUACACUAAAAACUAUGAUACGAUUAUUCUUGAUGAAUCAUAAAAGUCUUAAAGGCACAGCAGCCAAGCAAAAACAAAAAAAUACGGUCUGUUGAAUUCAGAGGGUGGAAAAUAGUCAUGAAAAAUGUAUUCAUGAUACAAAAAGGCCUUACUAACAUUAAAAGUGGACCUCAGGGAAAAAAUAAAAUAAUAAGAAAUUAUAUAACCCCUUUAAAUCAUUAUUGUUAGAAAAAUAAAUCAGUGUGCAUACAUGCAUAUAUCACUGAAAUCUGAAAGACAUCACUAAGGAAUAAUUGUUAAUGUGGUCCAGUGCCUAAAUACCACCAAGGUCCUCCAAAAUGUAUAAAAAUAAAUGUGACGACUUGAUUAUGCAAUUGUGAUGAUAGAGAUGAAAAAUAUCAACAGAUAUUAUUAGACUGACUGGCAAAAUGUUUGGCAAAAUCUAUGGCGAGGUUCCUUGCAUGUUUGACGGCAGUUAUAAGGUGAAAUGUCCACUGUGUGGCGCUAAAAGCGAGUCAAAUUUUCUCCCAAACAGAUGAGGUUUUUAAAGUUAAUGCUCUCAAGUUUUAAAUCCUCAAAACUGACUUCCCUACCUUAAACCUAACCCAUAGUGUCAAUAAAUGCAAAUGUGACACACACAUUUUGAAGCAACCAUGCCAUUUUGUGAUGCUUCUAUGACACUUUCAGCUCACGUGUCGACUCACAUUCUCUUCAGGACUCAUAUCCCAUUCCUUUGCAUCACAACUGCAACUCUCUAUCAGUUGAGCUACUGCGCAAUUUGAUCACCCUCAAACAAGCUUCUAAGUGUGGUUGAUCUUUUAAUGCAAACUUUAAAAUGUAUUGACAUACAAGUUAUGCGCUAUAGUAAAAGUGUGUAGAUGACAUUAGAUGGCAUUGUGUGAGGAACAGGGUGAAUGUGUGUUUAUGAAAUGAUAAUCUGCCGUUUUACUCAUGAUUUGUGUAGAAGGGAAUAAAAGUAAUCGUCGUUGUUGCGCCUCUAGUGUUCAUUUCACCAGGAAACUGCCACAAUACGUAGCCACACAAUAGUUAUAGUGACAUGAGUCUAUGAGAUCAGGUUGGAUAUUAAGUAAACAUUUGUGCUUGGUAAUUAUUUUUCCCAAAAGAUCAAAUCACUUUCAACCUUACUUUUCAACCCAGCGCAUCACUUUCCUAGUCUGUUAGCUGAUACAAUAAUAAGCAAAAGAUAAAUGACUGAACAUGUUGGGGAAAAAAUAUGAUAAAUACUAUUAAUUCAUGUCCCCGUGAUAUGUGUGUAAGUAUCAUGUUAAAAACAAACACCGCCUACUAAAACUACCGCUAUGUGGCAAACAAAUGACCCUUCGCUAAACCCCGCCUUAAAACCGUUACUAACCAAUCCUGUCCAUAUAUUUUCAGAAAAGCUUUUGCCCUUUUUCUAAUAUAUGCCUAUGGAAGUCGUGUUUAUUUGUAGAAAGGGAAAACAGCCAGAGAAAAACAUUCAAUAUGUUUUCAGUUUUCUGAAUCUUUAAAUAAAUCUCAACAAGUGCUUGAUUUUCCAAAUGAACAUGAUUGAUAUAAUUGCGUAAUGUAACACCCAAAUAGCACGUGUACAUCUCCUAGAUGUCUGUUUAAAAAAAAUAAUAAUCUGGAAAGUGUUGCUUUCUAUUUUUUGUGUACAAAUAUCACUGGACCUGCUCAACCCGCUCUGAACGGGAUUUGAACUAGAGUCUUUGGCAUGGGGGGCGGGGGCUACAGCCUUUAGCGUCAGUCACUAGUGUGUCUCUUGAGGAUAGGGGAGUAAGGUGUACACACACUGCAGAGCUACCACGUACCAGCUGGCUCCCAAACAUCAGAUAAACAUAUUAAAAAGAGCAAAUUUACAUACAUUCUAAAUCAUAAACAUCUCAAAGACAUCUGCUGAAUGUCCUUUUGACAUCCGAGAGAAAGCGCCUUAUAGACGUAUUGCAGAUAAGCAAACAGUCUAAACAAAAUAGUCUUCCAGUUGAAAAUGCACAUGAGAACAAUGACUUUAGGAAACUGAAAACUGGGUUUUGAAAUGAAAACGGAUCAGUGUGGAUGUCACACAUUCCAACCCGCAUAAAAAUAACAUGAAUUCAAUUUUUACCCCUUUAUGAGCACAUUUGACUGAAAAUCGACAAUUCAUUCCAAUGGAACGUUCUUUAACCAAAGGGGGCGGAGCUUUGCAAAGAACCAAUUCAAGAAAGUUAAUCAAGCGUUCAACAUUUUAAGGGGGACCAAAUGGAAAGUUGGGAAAGCUGAAUCUCUAGAUCAUAAAUUGUGAAAGGAUGGCUGCAGGUCAGAGCUGUGAGUGCGGUGACGCCAGAUAAGCUCAGAGAUGCAUUUCAAGUUGUGACUAAAAUGGCUGCAUCCCAACAAAAAUGUUUGCCAUUAUCAAUAUACAGUAAUACCUUCCUUUGAAAUGCCUAGUAUUAGUUUAAUCACAUUUUUUCUUUUCUUUUUUUACCUGUAAGAGGCACGUGCAGACAAUGAUGGAACUCUGGCUGACUGCUGAAUGAAUGCAAUCAAUACUGUCACAAACUGCUUCAAGAUGCAUGUUAGUUUUUAAGUGUACCAAAGGAGUACACUGUCAGAUAGGGGAAUGUUAAACAUGGCUUCCAAUGGUUGUGUGUCAUUAUGCACACUGUUUAGAGAGAGAGUGAAUUUGCAAGCUACAUUCUAAUGGUGCUAUAUAGGCAUGCACUUUUAGAUCAUGUGCGCAUGCAAGUGUAAGUCUGUGCUGGGUGUGUGUGUCUGUGCUGGGUGUGUGUGCUGGGUGUGUGUGUGUGUGUGUGUGUGUGUGUGUGUGUGUGUGUGUGUGUGUGUGUGCACGCUCUGGACAAUGCUACAAACCCCCCUACAGAGUUGAGAUGAUGUACACAGCACUACUCACCUAGAUCGUCCACAAACAGUUGUCUUUCCUCUCAUAUGCACUAUGUUUAGAGACUAUGAUAAUUAUUGUUGUUAUUAAUAUUAUUGCUCAUAUUAUAUUAUUAUUGCCACAGUUAUUGAUUAUUGCCAUUGUUAGUUUGUUAAUUAGAGUUCAAUUUAAAAUUAACUUAUAUUUUUUAUACAAAAAGUUUAGCAUUUUUUGUUUUGUACAGAACAAAUUGUGCAUUAUGGAAAAAAACCGAAUGGUCAUUUAGAGCCACUGCAUACUGUUGCCCGAGAUAAAUGUCUCAACUCUAAAUGUAAGAGCAGUAAUUACUUUUAUUAAAUAUUUCUG